CCUUGACAGUAUUUGACAGUUACUGUCAAAUUUAGGAUUUGUCAAAAUCUAAUAUAAAAUUUCGGAUUUAUUUAUUUUAUUGAAGAAGAAAGUAGACAAUCAGAAUGCCGGAAGCGCAGCCAAGGAAUAUUGUUGAGCAGUUUUUCCAAACUAUGAGGGGCAUGCUGGAGGGUCCUGUAGUAUUCGUAAGAGAAAAGAUUGUUGAACCUAAUCAGCAGCAUUAUCCAUGGUACCAUCAAAAGUUCCGUCGCGUGCCCACUAUUGAUCAAUGUUAUAAUGAUGAUAUUGUGUGCUAUACUGAGGCCAAUUUCCAAUAUAAACGGGACAAGCAAGUUGAAAAUGAAAUCCUGAGUAUCCUGAGGCAUCGUUUUGAAGAUUGCAUGAUGUAUGAAGCACCUGAUCAUGCUGAGAAAUGUAAAGAUGUUUUGAAGCAAUAUGAGGAUGCCACUACCAAUUGGUUCAUCAAAUACGGCGAUCUAGGCGCUUACCAUAAUGUAAAAAUGGCAUACAUGAAACAAAAGCAUAGGAUGAUUUGGGAGCGUCGCCAUGGACCAGUUGGUUCUGGCAUGAAGCAGGAAGAGAAUGAAUGAGGAGAUACUACCAUUAAUUGUUAGUCAACAUUGUAAUUAAAUAAACUAAUUGAUAUCAAUUUAA